CAGAGCGGGUGAAGUCGGGCGCAUCACCCACAGGGAGCAGGAGCAUGGAGGCGGGGGCGGCCUGGGGAGCCACAGGCGUUUACCCUGUGGAUGCUUUGGAGGAUGACCCUGAAGGCCAUCGGGAAGCGGCUCUGGCUUACUAUGCCGCGCUGAGGGGAGGGGCGCGGCCUGGGGCCGACGUCUUCUCUCUGCCCACCGGGGAGCAGGUUAAACUUGAAGCUUCGUCCGUUUGCUUCUGCACGGUGCACCGGGACGAGCCUCAACACCAACUCUUGGUCUUGGUCAAUCCCCAGGACACAAAGUCAGUCGUGGCUGUUUACCUAAAGGACUCCUGGUGGGCCACCGAAGACGUCCUGAGGACCUCCAACCCUGCAAGAGAAGGCCUGAUGAAGGUCCAGUCAUUCGGGGAGAGGAUUGUGCUCUUCGUCCUCAACGUCGUUAUCUUUGGGCGGCUGGAGAGGAGCUUGGAUGACGACGCCAUGUUCUUUUUGCCUCACUCUGGGAAAGAGCAGGCUAAAAUCUUGUGGCGGGACGGAGCCGCGGUCGGAUUUUACACAACCAAAGCGAAAGGCAGCCUGUGCGGCGAUGGCACCGGCUCGUGCUACCUGCUGCCCGUCCUGGACACCGUGUUUGUCCGGAGGCGACACCGUGGCCAGGGCCUGGGCGUGGCCAUGCUGCGGGACUUCUGCGAGACGUUCCCAGACGACGAGGCCCUAGGGGUCAGUUGGCCGAUUUCUCCCGCCAUGUACCAAGUCUGUAGGAAGUUCCUGCUGGCCCACCCGGAGGAGCAGGCGCGCCUGUGGGAGGUGGAGCCCCCGGGAGCCUGGGGCCAGCGAGGCAGCAUCUGGCUGAAGGUUCAGCUCCAACAGGCGGGGCUCCCGGCCCCAGAGUCGGCGUGAAGCGUGCACUUGGAUCUCCUCAUCCUCACGUCACUGCCGCAGCACAGAUCCCUUUACACAGAUGGAGUCAGGCCCGCGGGGGACGCAGCAUCUCGUCCUCCCUCCACCUUCCCUUCCUGAGCGAACCACAGCGGCCAGCCCCCUGCCCAAGAAGAGCGGGCACCCUGCUCAGCUGGCUCCGAAGCUCCUGUGACCAAGGGCCCCUUUGAGCAAUUGAGCGGAUCAGUGCAACCAGGAAGAAGGUGGAUUUCCUUGUCCAGCAGGAGAUCAAUUGGAAACAUUAUUUCAAAAGACACACAGGGUUUCCUGUGAAGAGCUGGCCCUUGUCCUUGGGGAGAAGAAGAAAAAGGGGUUGGCUCCGCCGGCGCAGCUCACUGGUUGAGCUUCGACCUAUGAACCAGAGGGUCACGGUUCGAUUCUGGUUAAGGCACAUGCCCAGGUUGUGGGCUCCAUCCCCAGUAGGGGGCGUGCAGGAGG